CUAUAGGCGUCACGUGACCUUUAAUGUUUCGUCACUUGCCGCGACACCUGGUGCAGCUUCUGGUUGCCGAGGUAACCCCGGCCGGGAGCAGGAUCUCAGGGUAGCUCUCGUGCUGCUGCUGCUGCUUGCUGUCCUGGACCAUGCAUUUUGCGGAUGAGGUCGCUGAGGGGGUGACUGUGGAGUCUGUGUGGAGGAAAUCCCAUGGGUCCCGCUGUGAAUCAAGAGGCUGCCAGACACACACCAUAGCCACCAAGGAGCUUUCUGUGCAAGUGUGUGCAGUCAGUGAAGCUGGCACUCAGACUGCUUGGAAUCAAGACCAGAGAGCUCUGGAUGUGGACCUUGGGCCACUACUGGAUUAUCCAGGUGUGGGAGCAUUUCUGAAGCGUGUGGAGGAAGAUAUGAUCAGAGAGCUCAAGAAGAACUGGAAAAGUCAUGCAUUCGAUGGUUUUGAGGUGACUUGGGAAGAGCAGAAUCCACAGGUAUCCUGCUUGCACAGUCUACAGUAUCCUGAAGCUUUAGCUAAACAGCUUGAAGUCACCAGUGUCACUUGGAACUCUACUGGGUCUGUUAUUGCUUGUUCCUAUGGCAGGUUAGGAGAUGGAGACUGGAGUACAGAGAAGUCCUACGUCUGUACAUGGAAUCUUGACCGACGGUUCUUCAACCCAGAUCACCCUGAUACUGUUGUAGAUGUGCCUAGUUCAGUUAUGUGUUUGGCAUUUCAUCCCUCACAGCCAUCCCUUAUAGCCGGUGGCCUUUUCAAUGGUGAAGUGCUAGUGUGGGACACUAGUCGGACAGAUGACCCCUUAAUCGGCAGGACAGGGCUCUCAAUAGACAGUCACAUGGAUGCAGUUUACCAGGUCAGUUGGCUGCAGGAUCUACCGCAGGCUCACAGGCUGCAGGUUCUGAGCAUUUCCUCAGAUGGGAGGAUCCUUGUGUGGCAGAUGGAGAAGGAGGGACAGCUCGUGCUGCUUGAUGGCUUCGCCCUGAUCGCGCAACAAAUACCCAGCAACACAAAGAUAAACAAGCACGGCCGAGGUGACACUGCAGUGGGGGUGACGUGUCUUUCCUACUCACACUUUGAUCCCAGUCUGUUCAUUGUCGGGGUAGAAGGAGGCUACUUGCUGAAGUGUUCCUCUGCAGCCCAGACCGCUGCUCUCACCAACGUGGCUUCCUCCGUUCCACUUAAAGCCCCAGCCCAGUUCACCUUCUCCCCACAAGGAGGUCCUGUCCAUUGUGUGGACUGCUCACCUUUCCACAGGAAUCUUUUCCUGAGUGCGGGAACAGAUGGACAUGCUCACCUGUACUCAAUGCUGCAGGAGCGACCCCUCAGUUCCCUGCAACUGGCCCAGAAAUACCUCUUUAGCAUUCGGUGGUCUCCUGUGCGGCCAUUGGUAUUUGCAGCAGCUUCUGGUGAAGGGGAACUGCUGCUCUUUGACUUUGGAAAAAACUCCCAGAAGCCAUCAUUAAGCAUAACGCAGACUGCCAAUGGUAAGCCCAUUUACUGUCUGGAGUUUAACCGUGUACAGACCCAGCUCCUUGCAGCUGGAGACGCUACGGGAGUCGUUAAGAUAUGGCAGCUGAGUUCUGACUACACAGAGCAAGGAGCCAGAGAGAUGGUGCAACUGGACGAACUGGCAAGCACGGUCACAGACUGAUCACCAGAAAGAGAUGCAAGAGGGGAUAAACAUGUAUUAUCCAUUUACCAUAGGUACCAAUUGUAAAUAGUGGAAAAUAAAGUCUUUGAUAUAAAAAAAAAUAAUAAUAA